ACUGCGCAUGCGUGGAUUGGCUGUGCUCGGCCGUAUGUGUGAGAGAGCUGAGAAGAAAGAGAGACAAGUAACCGGCGUAGAAUCUCCCUGCCCUCCCCUUCCCCGAUAAACCACUGCAGCCAUGUCGGGGCGCUCGGUCCGAGCCGAGACACGAAGCCGGGCUAAAGAUGACAUCAAACGGGUGAUGGCCGCCAUCGAAAAAGUACGGAAAUGGGAAAAGAAAUGGGUGACUGUUGGUGAUACUUCUCUCAGAAUUUACAAGUGGGUGCCUGUUGCUGAACCUAAAGUGGACGAUAUUGAGUUGAAAGUGACAGAUGAGAAUUCGGGACUUCUGAGGCGACCAAAACCCUGUGGAAAAAAGACCAAAAACAAGAAGAAAACAAAAGAUGAGAAAUGUGGCUCAGAACUGACCACCCCAGAAAACAGUUCCUCUCCUGGCAUGAUGGAUAUGCAGGAUGAUAAUAGCAACCAGAGUUCUAUAGCGGAUGCAUCGCCUGUGAAACAGGAGAACAGCAGCACUUGCAGCCCUGCCCCAGAAAACCUUAACACCCAGGCAGACAGCACUGAGUUGAAGUCUGAGGAGGCUAAUUCUAAUGCCAGUGAGCACCAAGAUUCUGAAGUUACUUCGGGUCAAAAUUCACAGUCGUCUGUGGAAAGUUCACUAAUGAAUUCAGAGAAAACUGAGCUACAAUCUUGUGUUGAAAAAGAUGCUUCUGCAGAGAACACAAAAAAUUUUCAGGAUUCUGAUGAUGGUGCCCCUCCAAGCAAAAAGGCAAAAUCUGACAGUUCGGCACAGAACACCGAAGCAGUCUAGACUGUCCAGCUAAACUUCUUCUUUCUUUUAUUAUUUGGGGUCGGUUUACUGUAAGGUACAUUGGUUACUGCAACUAUAGAACAGCCUUACUGAAAUCUUCGUCUCUUUUAAUGAGAAUAGAACUCUUUUUAUCUUCUCAACCUACAAAGCAAAAAUCCAACAAUGCCUGGUCCGGAGGCCAGGAUUUGAGGAAAUGGGAAACUUUCUGUGACAACUCAAAAUACCAAUGACAGUCUUUUGAAGUGGUUGUUGUUAACACUCAGGAGGGUCUACGCACUGUUUUCUGUAGUCAUUUUUACAUUUGUGUUGCUGCUGUAUAUAUGUUUUCCAUUUUGCUAUUUAACAUGUAAGAUAUUUAAAGAUGGUACCUGUUCAGUUUUAAGCCUCCAUGUGAAUUUCCAUAAUUCUGGUUUUGUUACUGUGCCUUUUUGGUUCUAGGAAUUUUAAUUUUAAUAUAAAGUUCCACAUAUGGUGGAUGAAUAUGUUAAAUAUUUGUAGCAAUUUAAAAAAUCAUAAGCCAUUUUCACUAGUGAGCUGAUUACUUUAUCGAAGAGUAUUUGAAUGCCUUUAUCACGCACCAUUUAUCAGCAUCCAUGCAUUCCACAGUCUGGCUGCAACUACUAGUUUAGUUUAACCGCUAACACAUCCUAAAUCUACUUCCAUGUAACUUCUUCCUUCUGUUCCAGGCAGCCAAAUCAUUCAUUUUGUUUUGCUACAGAAUCAGUGGUUCAUCCAUAUUUGUAGAUUACUCUAAAAAAAAAAAACUGUUUUUAAGAUCAAGGGUUUAGUCAAAGCAGUAUUUUAUUUUUCUCUGCCAACUGCUAUAUAUAUAUUUUUCUUAUUUGAUUAAAAAAAAAAUCUAUAUAAAUGGAUUAAUUAUUUGUAACUUGUCAUUCUAGUUUGAUAACAUGGGUGGCUCCUACAAAGACAGCCCAGCUUAAGGCCAGUAUAAAGCAUUACAUGUUGAUGCUUUGUGUAUUUUAGGCUGUGUGCUCAUG